UUAAUAGAAGGUCGGUAGGCCGAUAUAUGACUGCGUGUAAAUUCGCUGCCUCCUGAAGUUUACAGUUCCAAUGCAUCGGGUUAGACAGUGCACUUUAAUUUCCCCCACAGCUUUCCCUGACUGACACCGAAGGUGGAAUCCAGUUACAUGUUUUUUCCUUGAGUGGGAGGAUUUAGGAAUCUUGCCAAUAUGUGACUGAAGCAAUGGAACGCUGAGCAAGAAAAGUAACAAUUACUGAACGUCGCAGUGAGAAAACUUUACUUUGAAAAAGGACAGCGCAACACGAUCCAAAUGGCAGAACAGCACUCAGACCUGGAAAAUGCCAUCAACACUUUGGUCACAGAGUUCCAUGCCGCUGCGGCCAAUAAUGGUCCCACGCUCCAAGCCCAAGAGUUCAGAGGCCUCCUAUCCUCCCAGCUGCCCAACUUAGUUACGACUGGAGCGUCAGAGCAAGGCCUGGGCGAGGUGAUGAGACAAAUGGGUGUGAUGGACGGCGAGGGAAUCACCUUCAACCACUUCUGGAGGUUGAUCCAGUCACUGGCCACCACACAGCAUGGUCUACGCUGCAGCGAGGAGGUGUCCAAGUGCUCCUGUGUGCUUCUGUGAAGGCCAUGCCUUCUGACGGUGGUGUGAGCUAGGGGGAACCAGACAGCCUUAUAGUAUGCCACCCAGUGUCAGUACCCCUUCUCACCACACUGCUCCCAGCCAACCCUGGACACUCACAUAUUCCUCACCCCUUCCACUACAGGCCUCUUAUGUACAUUCUCCAUGCUUGGUAGUGCUCCAUGUCAGCAGUGUUCAUCUCUUUGUUCUAUGCCACUUGGUUUACAGGAUUUUUUUGUACUCCCUUAGUGUUAUCGGUGGUGUUGUUUCCAUCCAAAUAUCCCUUCUAUUGAAAUAUCCCCAUUCUCAAACCUUGAAAGACUUUCCUAUAGCCCUACUACCAGUCUAACCACUACAAAUAAUUAUUAGAUGACAUAUAUGACCCAAAGUGAAAUCAGAAAGCCAUGUGCAAGGUUUAGGUGCUAGACAAUGAAAACAUGUAUUUACACACGGCAGUACACGUUAGUGGAAAGCUCAUUUGAGCCACCAGUUGUCCACAUGCAUACAAUACUGGUGUUGCAGAGUGCCCAUAGCAUGUUUCUUUAAACAAUGUUUUCCACCACUGUGGUAUUGCAGUUUUGUAUUUAUAUUUUCUAAUUCUCUUUAUUCUGGCCCAUGUGAUAACAUACUAAAUCAUGACAAGAAAUUAUAUAAUAAAGAUCCAAAUAAAUUGCAACAAUGGUGAA